GAUGUCGUCACUACCGCCGGAACCGUUUAUGAUGCUGCGCGCGAAGGCGCUCAGCAAGCGCGUCAUCAUCAACGUGGGAGGCGUGCGGCACGAGGUGAUGUGGAGCACGCUAGAGCGGCUGCCGCACACCCGCCUCGGUCGCCUGCGCGACUGCAACACGCACGAAGCCAUCAUCGAACUGUGCAACGACUACUCAUUACAGGAUAAUGAGUACUUUUUUGAUAGGCAUCCAAAGAGUUUCAGUUCAAUACUGAACUUCUAUCGGACUGGAAAAUUGCAUUUAGUUGACGAAAUGUGCGUGUUGGCGUUCAGUGAUGACCUGGAGUAUUGGGGAGUGGAUGAACUGUACUUGGAGUCGUGUUGUCAGCACAAAUACCAUCAGAGGAAGGAGCACGUCCAUGAAGAGAUGAGGAAGGAAGCGGAGAGUCUCCGACAACGGGAGGAGGAGGAAUUUGGCCAGGGAACUUGUGCGCAGUACCAAAAAUGGUUGUGGGAUUUACUCGAGAAGCCAACGACGAGUAUCGCCGCCAGGGUAAAGUAUUUAAUAUAAUCGAAGCCUUGUUAUACAGUUUACAUAUAUUUAUGUGUCUUAAAAUAGUAAAGCUGCCCAGGAUUUGAUUAUUUUCUCAUAAGUCAAAGGUACAGGGUUAAGUUUUGAGAUGUUUAGGUGAUAAGUAGUUAGCAGCUUUUUGUUUAUUGUUAGUUAUUUAAAAGGACAUCGCACAAGCAUAAUUAAUUGUUAACUUUCGAAUUUAGAAUCCAUUGAUUUGAAAUUUGAACACCAUUUAUAAGCUUAAUUGUAGUAGGUACACUUUACACUAUCACUGUAUUUUCUAAGAUCUUAAUUACAGACUCUUUCAAA